UCGACCUACUAGUGCAUAUCUUACUUCCCACUGAAAGUACUCGCCAUGCAACCGAUCACCGUUCUUGUUACUGGGGCCAACCGUGGCAUAGGCUUGGAGCUGGUGAGGCAGAUAGUGGCUAGACAAAAUCCACCGAAACAUGUUUUUGCCACUUGUAGGGAUCCCGACCGUGCGAAGGAUCUCCAAGCGUUGGCCAAGGAAACCCCGUCUAUUGACAUCGUAAAAUUAGAUGUUACCGAUUACGCCACUCUCCGCAACACAGUGGUCCCCCAUGUGCAGAGUAAAGUUGGAGACCUUGGCCUAAAUCUUCUCAUCAACAAUGCCGGACUUUUACUACGACACGACCUCUCCACUGUCACACCCGAAGCAAUGAGAGAGGUGUACGAGGUGAACACCAUAGCUCCCGUCAUGAUCACACAGGCGUUUCUUCCCCUAUUGAAGGCAGCCAGUGCACGCGCCACGGGAGGACUCAGCUGUUCUCGAGCAGCCGUUAUAAAUAUCACCAGCAAAGUGGGCUCUUGUGCAGACAACCAAAGCGGGAAACACUAUCCGUACAGGUGCAGCAAGGCUGCUUUGAAUAUUGCCACAGUGUCGAUGUCAGUGGACCUGAAGAGUGAUGGUAUACUGGCGGCCGUUCUACAUCCGGGUUGGGUGAAAACACAAAUGGGCGGAAGUAACGCCAUUCACGAGCUCAGUGACAGCGUGAAGGGCAUGCUGGACGUCAUGGACAGACUGACCGAAAAUGAAACUGGGAAGUUUUUUGAAUGGAAAGGCAAUGAAAUCCCAUGGUGAAAACAGAUUAUAUAAACAAUUUUACAAACAUUAUUCACUUUGAUGAGUAUAUGUCCAAGCGACUUGAAAAUGAAAAACGGUGCAAAGUAAC